AGUUCGAUUGUUACGAAACAACAAUUUGCAUUAUUACAUAAUUGCGCUGCGGACCGCACAAACAUCACACAUAUCCAUGAGUGGCCACGUACGAACCAGUCCACAAAUAUCAUACUGAGAAUCUGAUGAGCUAGAGAAAGCUACAUUGAAAGACGCCGAUAAGAGACGUUAAAAAGAACUACAACUAUUGCAAACAGAUAUACACCAUGGAGACUAAUUCAGAUAACAGUACUGGUGGUCCAUUUAUCAUUGAUGAAUACAACUUAGCCUUAUGUGCCAUUGUUACCGUGGCAAUGCAGACAUCUUUCUUCAUUGUAGCAGCAACAUGCAAAUUUGACAAGGUCACAGAUUUUGCUGGGGGAACCAACUUUGUCGUCUUAGCAUUACUCUCAUUCUUACUAGCUCAGACGUAUGGUGUGCGUCAGAUAGUGGCGACUGUUCUGGUGUGCUUGUGGGGGAUUCGUCUAUCAGGAUAUCUCUUGUAUAGGAUCAUCAAGAUAGGCGAAGACAAACGAUUUGAUGACAAACGAGAGAAUUGCCUCAAGUUUGCAGGUUUCUGGAUAUUCCAGGCUGUAUGGGUCUUCACUGUAAGUCUCCCACUCAUCUUCAUCAAUGCUAAGAAAUACAACGAGGGAACUACUUUUGAGGCCCUGGACUACGUAGGGACAGCCCUGUUCAGUCUUGGUCUAAUUAUCGAGACCAUUGCUGACCAACAGAAGUUCAAUUUCCGCAACGACCCAGCCAACAAAGGGAAAUGGUGUCAAGCAGGUUUGUGGAGCUGGUCUAGGCAUCCAAACUACUUUGGUGAGAUCAUGCUAUGGUGGGGUAUGUUCAUCAUGAGCUGUAGUGUAUUAACUGGUGUUGAAUGGAUUGCUGUAUUAGGCCCUCUAUUCAUCUCGCUUAUUCUACUAACCUUGAGUGGCAUCCCCCUACUGGAAAAGAGUGCUGAUGAAAGAUAUGGACAACUUGAUUCCUACGUAAUCUUCAAGAAAUCAACCAGUCCAUUACUCUUGUUUUGGCCACGCCUCUACCAGGUUCUGCCCUCAGCCGUCAAGUGUCUCUUCUGCUGUGAGUUUCCAUUCUAUAACAACAUUGGUAAGACCUCUCCUGACCCUGAGGGCGCUACUCCCAAUGAAGAGACGGAAAUCGUUAGAGCUUGAAUCAACUCAAAAUGAAUUUAUUUUCAUAUUACAUCUAUGCAAGGUAGUGUGAGCAGUAAGGAUGGAACCUAAUGUGUACUUUCACAUCCCUUAAGCUUAUUAUUUCUCUCUUUUUAGAAAAACAUGGUCAUAAAAUAUCAUAAGUUUGAAUUUUUUGAAAUAGUUAGAUUGGUCCCCACAAGUGAAUUAUUUCUAUGGAAAAAAAGAAGAAAAAACAAUGCUCAAAGAGGGUCAGAGGUGCUUUUUCUGCAGGACUAGAACAUAAAAAUAUAGAAAUGUAAUAUACACACAAACAGGUUUACUGAGUUGUCAUUGGAUUACUGAUACAUGGAUCAAGGCCUCAUUCAGAUAUGCUUUGGUAUACUGCAGCGUGUUUUAAAAUAUUAUAAUCACAUAACCUUGAACCUGGAAGAAUUACUCUCCCAAAAGCGUGAACGCUGUCCUGGAGAGGGCUGUGCUGUGUUGCGUGCUGUUGGUGAUGUGCUGUUGGUGAAGUGAUGGUGGUUGUUCUCCGUGCACUAUAUACAAUGUGCAGGGUGCAGUGUGCAGGUGGUGCAGGUGUGUACAGGUGUGUCACUCGUUACAACAUCUUCAGGUUGUCCUGUUUCUGUUUUGUGAAAUAGGCUCCACAUUUCUGUACCUUAUAACACAGAGCUCAGUGAAUACACAUCUGAGCUUUGUUGCGUGCAGUUGCCAAUCACUUUCAUGCUUUCUGGAGAA